CUGACAUGACAUUUGCGAUAGACUUUAGUUGGUAGUCUAAUAGGUAUUUCACAAUCGAUUGAAACUCAUUUCUGGGAAACGAGUAAAAAAAGGACAAUCGCUUAAAGGUCUCAUUGCAUCAUCAACAAAAUGAGCUUAUUUAUAUGGAACGAUCAAGAUUGGAAGCUGGUGGAUGUCCGUAUGAAAUUUGAUAAAGAUGUUUACGCUGUUGUUCGCAAAUUGUUUGUGCAGUGGGUGAAAAAGUCUAACACAGCGAACACGAAGGACUUGAUUCGUGAAGAAUUUGCGAAAUAUGGUGCCAUCAAAGCAGUAGAAAUGCUGACUAAUCCAGCUGACUAUCAAGACGAGGCUGCAGCCGAGCUCUCUGAAGCGUACGUCACUUUUGUGCAGAGCAAAUGUGCUUAUCAAGCAUUCAUGGCGCACCGAAAAUAUGGUAAAUUUCCAAAAGAAGCGAUCACUGUUCUGCCAGCAGAUUCAUGGCGUCAAGGCGAUGUCCUAAGCAACGCCAGCCUGGGCUUUCGCAAAGCUCGGACUAGUUUGGAAGAAGAAAACCUGGCAUUGAACGAGGCAAUGUCGCAACUAUUUAUAAAGAACGAACAACAAUUCCAGCUGAAGAAGAAGCUUUUGGUCGAUAUGGGUGCGGAUUUUUCGCUGAAAAAAUGGCUUUUGAUAGCUCGCAAUCUCAAAGAUGAUCUGGAAUAUCUUAUCCUCAAAUUCUCAUCGAAAUCAGACGAAGCAAACAGCAAUCAAAACCGCCUGACCAUUGAUGAGUAUGAAAAACGGGUGGUUCAAGUUAUGGCCAGCAACUGCGUUGGCGAGAGCUUUUCAGCCAUGUCAAUUGUGAGCAAAAAUUCGAUUUCUAUGGAAAUGCUGCGUUGCAUGGCACCAUUGCUGAAGCCAUUGGUCUCGCUCAUCGUUGAAAAUCGACUGAACGCCCACUUGGUCUACGCAUUGCCGGAAUUCUGUCCACGUAUGCGAAUGUUACGUCUAUUGGGCACUUGGGAUGGUCAAUAUCAAGACCAACCAGUCGUAAAUUGGCCGACAUUGCACAUAUUGAUCUUCAUGAAUCGUACGCUUGAUGUCAAAAGCUACACGGAAGACGGAAAGAAAUUCCGACGCUUCAUUGAAUCCAAUCCACAAUUGGAAAUGCUUUUAUUCGACACGAUCAUUGACAUCGAGCUGCUCAAAGGAAUCGUCGACAAUUUGGCGAACAUCAAAGUGUUGUCAUUCCGCCGAUUGAACUAUUACCGAUUCAGUUUGAUCCUUGAACAUCUAACCAAAGCCGAAUUAUUGGAAUCGAUUAGCAUAACAUUCAACAUUGCCGAAAAAGUGGAUUUGGAAAAGAUUUCCAUUAUGGUAGAACGCCUUGGACAAAUGAAAGACAUGAAACUGGUGACAUUGAUGCAAAAUUACAUGCCAAACACAGCCCAGAAAGAGAAUUUCACCAUGUUGAGCAGUUUCCCGAUUACAGAGCAUCGAAACUGCGAAUGCCACAACAAACAACGGCUCUUGGCCUUCGAUGGCGUUAUACCAGACCAAGUGGUGCCAGACGAUGUGCCCGUUUUGGUCAUUGUCAUCAACACAAAUAAUCCAAGCAAAUCGCAAGACAAAUCAUUGGAAAGCGACAUUUGGAACGUGCUGGACGACACGAAAAAAUCAUUUCCAAAUAUCAUUCGAUUCGAAGAGCUGAAGGAUGGGAAUCAUAGCGUGUAUGUUUACAUUGCCAGUGCAUAAGUGCACAUUACAAUGCAUUCGUAGUGACAUUUACAGGUUGUCUCAACAUUGACAAUGUUGUUGAUUAGCCCAAUAGUUUUUGUCAAUUUACUCAUAACAUUUUUCGAUCAAAUC